AUGCCGAACGGUAGGUACCCGGUGGCUGAGUAUUCACUCACCUCUCAUGCCGAACGACAAGCAUGCAGUGGUCGAGCUUUUACUCACCCUCGACUUCUUUUGCCGUUCCCUUCCAAUCUUCCAACCUCCCCUCUUGCUCGAGGACUUGGGGGACUACAUGAUCACCAUCGGCAUGAUCAAACGACGAAAGACGCUCGUACCCGAGUCAGAAUGUUGGAGCUCACUGACAAGCAAGUCCCUAACCAAGAAGUCCCUCCUCGAUCAGAAACUUGA